AUGUUGGACCCGUCUUCCAGCGAGGAGGAAGGGGAUGAGAUACUGGAGGUGGAGCACAAAGAGGUGGCGGCCCCGAAGAGCCUCGGAGGAGCCCAGCUGUCACCGGGCCGAGCCUCCGACGGCCACGGCGGCGGAGGGCUCCAGCCCCGGGGCCGAGGGAGCGGGAGCGGUGGCGGCGGCAGCGGCGGCGGCGGCCGACCCUCCAGCCCCAGCCCGUCGGUCGGCAGCGACAAGGAGAAGGAGGACCUGGAGAAGAUGCAGAGAGAGGAGGAGGAGAGGAAGAAGAGACUCCAGCUGUAUGUGUUUGUGAUGCGCUGCAUCGCCUAUCCGUUCAACGCAAAGCAACCCACCGACAUGGCCAGGAGGCAGCAGAAGAUCAGUAAGCAGCAUCUGCAGACGGUCAAAGAGCGUUUCCAGGCGUUCCUCAACGGAGAAACCCAGAUUGUUGCUGAUGAGGCCUUCAUCAACGCUGUCCAGAGCUACUACGAGAUCUUCCUGAAAAGUGACCGUGUGUCCAGGAUGGUGCAGAGUGGUGGCUGCUCGGCCAGCGACUCUCGGGAGGUUUUUAAGAAGCACAUAGAGAAGCGGGUGCGCAGUCUGCCUGAAAUCGACGGACUGAGCAAAGAGACGGUGCUGAGUUCCUGGAUCGCCAAGUUUGACACCAUCUACCGAGGCGAGGAGGACCUCAGGAAGCACCAGCAGAGAAUGACGGCCAGCGCCGCCUCCGAGCUCAUCCUCAGCAAGGACCAGCUGUACGAGAUGUUCCAGCAGAUCCUGGGCAUCAAGAAGUUUGAGCACCAGCUCCUCUAUAACGCCUGCCAGCUGGACAACCCUGAUGAGCAGGCAGCACAGAUCAGAAGAGAGCUGGAUGGACGACUGCAAAUGGCCGACCAGAUAGCUCGGCAUGGUGGAAGGUUCCCAAGGUUUGCCUCCAGAGAGAUGGAGGCCAUGUUCAUCGAGGAGCUGCGAUCCUCGGUCAACCUGCUGAUGGCCAACCUGGAGAGCAUGCCGGUGUCCAAGGGAGGAGAGUUCAAGCUGCAGAAGCUGAAGCGCGGUCACAACGCUUCCAUCAUGGACAUGGGCCAGGAGGACGAGAACACGCUGUCCAAAUCGGACGUGGUGCUGUCCUUUACCCUGGAGGUGGUCAUCAUGGAGGUCCAGGGCCUGAAGUCGCUGGCUCCAAACAGGAUUGUUUACUGCACCAUGGAGGUGGAGGGAGGACACAAGCUGCAGACGGACCAGGCUGAAGCCUCCAAACCCACUUGGGGUACCCAGGGUGACUUCACCACCACCCAGCCGCUCCCUGCUGUGAAGGUGAAGCUGUUCACAGAGAGCACAGGAGUGUUGGCUCUGGAAGAUAAGGAGCUGGGGAAGGUUGUGCUCCACCCGACUCCCAACAGUCCCAAGCAGUCCGAGCUCCACAAGAUGACGGUGUCCAAAGGCUGUCCAGACAAUGACCUCAGGAUCAAACUGGCCAUUCGCAUGGACAAACCACAGAACAUGAAGCAUUGUGGGUACCUUUGGGCCAUUGGCAAGAACGUGUGGAAAAGAUGGAAGAAAAGGUUCUUUGUGCUGGUUCAGGUGAGUCAGUACACCUUUGCCAUGUGCAGCUACAGAGAGAAGAAGGCUGAGCCGGUGGAGCUCCUCCAACUGGAUGGCUACACAGUGGACUACACUGAUCCCCAGCCAGGUCUAGACGGCGGUCGGACGUUCUUCAACGCUGUGAAAGAGGGCGACACCGUGAUCUUCGCCAGCGACGACGAGCAGGACCGGAUCCUUUGGGUGCAGGCCAUGUACCGAGCCACGGGCCAGUCACACAAGCCAGUUCCUCCCACCCAGGUCCAGAAACUCAACUCGAAGGGUGGCACAGCGCCUCAGCUCGAUGCACCCAUAUCUCAGUUCUCUGGAUUAAAGGAUGCCGACCGAGCCCAGAAGCACGGCAUGGACGAGUUUAUUUCAGCCAACCCCUGUAACUUUGACCACGGCUCGCUGUUUGAGCUGGUACAGCGCCUCACUCUGGACCACAGACUCAACGACUCCUACUCCUGCCUGGGCUGGUUCAGUCCCGGUCAGGUGUUUGUCUUAGAUGAGUACUGCGCUCGCUACGGCGUUCGAGGCUGCCAUCGGCAUUUAUGUUACCUGAGCGAUCUGCUGGAGAGGGCGGAGAACGGAGCCAUGAUCGACCCCACCCUGCUGCACUACAGCUUUGCCUUCUGUGCCUCCCAUGUCCAUGGAAACAGGUACACGUCAAGGUGCUGGCUAGUCCUGUGUCCUUCACUUUACACACAGCCAAUAGCUAGCCUAAUGCUAAAAUGUGUUCCCAAAUCCCUGCAUGUCCACACAACCAAACCUAGUCAGCGUGUGUCUGAGUUGCUAAACUGGCCGGUAUCUGAGGCCGAACUUGAACGAGCCCUGUUCCUCUCUGCCCCUGAGCUUCCUGCUAAGAGAGAACUCAAAAUCAUAGAGUUCAUGAAGAAAAAGGACUUCAGGUCCUCAAUUUUCUCAGGAUCUAGAAGGCCGGAUGGUAUUGGUACAGUGACCGUGGAAGAGAAAGAGCACUUUGAGGAGAUCAAGGAAAGGCUACGGGUACUCCUGGAGAACCAGAUUACACACUUCAGGUACUGCUUUCCAUUUGGGCGGCCAGAGGGAGCACUGAAAGCUACUCUGUCAUUGCUUGAACGGGUCCUGAUGAAAGAUAUCGUUACUCCGGUUCCACAAGAGGAAGUGAAGGCUGUGAUCCGUAAGUGUCUGGAGCAGGCAGCUCUGGUCAACUACCAACGCCUGUCAGAGUACGCCAAACUAGAAGGGAAAAAGAGAGAGAUGUAUGAGCAUCCUGUCUUCUGCUUGGCGUCUCAAGUGAUGGAUUUAACCAUUCAGAAUGUAGGGCGGUUAGUCACCCCUGCUAAAAAACUGGAGGACAAUAUUCGCCUGGCCGAGCUGGUGAUUGAGGUGCUUCAGCAGAAUGAGGAACACCAUGCUGAGGUUAGUGCAUCUGCCUUUGCGUGGUGGUCAGACCUGAUGGUGGAGCACGCUGAGACCUUCCUGUGUCUCUACUCGGCCGACAUGGACGCAGCUCUUGAGGUUCAGCCGCCCGACAGCUGGGACAGUUUCCCCCUCUUCCAGCUGCUUAACGACUUCCUGAGAAUGGACUAUAACCUGUGCAAUGGGAAGUUCCACAGACACCUGCAGGACCUGUAUGCCCCCCUGGUGGUGCGAUAUGUGGACCUGAUGGAGUCCUCCAUCGCUCAGUCCAUUCACAGAGGCUUCGAAAGGGAAUCCUGGGAACCUGUCAAGAGUAUAGCAAGCACUCUGCCCAAUGUCCACCUCCAAAUGCCCAAAGUACCAAAUCUAAAUGUGCCAAGUGUCAAGCUCCCACAAAUGACCAGCUUCUCUGCACCCAACUGGAUGACAGCUAAUUCUGACUCAGAUAAUGGCUCGGGGACGUCGGAGGAUCUCUUCUGGAAGCUGGAUGCUCUGCAAACCUUCAUCAGAGAUCUCCACUGGCCAGAGGAGGAGUUUGGCAAACACCUGGAGACCCGACUGAAGCUGAUGUCCAGUGACAUGAUUGAAUCAUGUGUAAAACGGACACGUGCAGCGUUUGAGGCCAAGCUUCAGAAGAGCAGCCGGGCCACAGACUUCCGCGUGCCACAGUCCAUCUGCACCAUGUUCAACGUCAUGGUGGAUGCCAAGGCCCAGUCAGCCAAGCUGUGUGCUGUGGACCUGGGGCAGGAGAGACAAUACCAUUCCCAAAUUGAUAAUCUAAUCGAAGAGACAGUGAAGGAGAUGAUAACGCUGCUAGUAGCUAAGUUUGUGGUCAUCCUAGAGAGUGUGUUAGCCAAGCUCUCCAGAUAUGAUGAGGGAACACUCUUCUCUUCCUUCCUAUCUUUCACUGUGAAAGCUGCCUCCAAGUAUGUGGAUGUACCUAAGCCCGGGAUGGAUGUCGCCGACAGUUACGUGACGUUUGUCCGUCACUCCCAGGACAUGCUGCGGGAGAAGGUCAAUGAGGAGGUGUACAUAGAGAGAUUAUUUGAUGUGAGUAAGCCACGGCGCCGCCUCCUCCAUCAAAGGCAGGCUUAG